CUCAGCUCGGGGAGAAUGGCCACUCAGAGCACUCUGUGGACGGGGCUGGUCCUGCUGGGGGUCCUGGGGGCCCUGCAGAUCCCUACCCAGGCCCAGGUCUCCCUGCAGCCCAACUUCCAAGAGGAGAAGUUCCUGGGACGCUGGUUCACCGCGGGCCUCGCCUCCAACGCAAGCUGGUUCCUGGAAAAGAAGGCGAUGCUGUCCAUGUGCAAGUCUGUGGUGGUCCGGGCGGCAGAUGGUGGCCUCAACCUCACCUCUACCUUCCUCAGAAAAGACCAGUGUGAGACCCGGACUCUGCUGCUGCGUCCUGCAGACCCCCCAGGCUGCUACAGCUACGUCAGUCCCCACUGGGGCAACAACCACGAGGUGUCGGUGGUGGAGACCGAUUACGAUGUGUACGCACUGCUCUACACUGAGGGUGUUAAAGGCCUGGCCCAGGACUUCCGCAUGGCCACCCUCUACAGCCGCACCCAGGCCCCGAGUGCCCAGGUAAAGGAGAAAUUCAGCACCUUCGCCAAGGCCCAGGGCUUCACAGAGGACAGCAUUGUCUUCCUGCCGAAGGCUGACAAGUGCAUGGGGGAGCAUGCAUAGGUGACCUCAGCCUCGGCACCUGGCCACCCUGCCCUGAUGGCUCUUCCCUCCAAUACCCUGAGACACUACCCCGGCUCCUUCCACCGCUGCCUCUGCCCCUCAGCUUCAUCCCAGCUCUGAGAAUAAACUCCGGAAGCAACUCA